ACUGGUAUCUUUUUUAAGCUGUACUUCCCAGAAUUCGAUGCUAUUCUCAUUUUUAAAGUAUCAAAUCUAGCUUCUAUCAUGCAAAGAGUACUACAGUGAUCCCGAAAGCGUCCCAAUAUACGAUACCCAGAAUCCCUUGCUGUCAUUAUUCCAAGAUGGCGGUCAACGAGAAGCAGCCCCCAUUUGUUUUUAUUGAAACUUCAAUGGGAAGUUUUGAAGUUGAACUCUACUGGCGGCAUGCGCCAAAGACUUGUAGAAAUUUCACAGAACUGGCUCAAAGAGGAUACUUUAACAACUGUAAGUUCCACAGAGUAAUAAGGGAUUUUAUGAUUCAGACUGGAGAUCCAACGGGAACAGGCAGGGGCGGAGCUUCCAUUUAUGGACCAACAUUUGAAGAUGAAGUCACAAGAGAACUCAAGCACACAGGAGCAGGGAUACUUUCUAUGGCCAACAGUGGGCCAAAUACAAAUGGAAGUCAAUUUUUUGUCACCCUGGCACCAACACAGUGGCUAGACGGAAAGCACACUAUAUUUGGGCGAAUAAAUAAAGGACUGGAAGUUGUUAAAAGAAUAGGACUUGUUGAAACUAAUGCAGAUGAUAGACCCUUACAUGAUGUGUACAUCGUAAACAGCAGAGCAUAAGAAGUACAAGGCGCCAUAAUCACUCAGAUAUAUCAGGCACAUAGCCAGCAGUGGGCGAUAGGAACCUUCCUCGUCCAUCAAAAACAGUCUUUUAUUCAUGAAAAAUCGCCAAAUCUUACACUUUUCAAGGGUGCAGCCAGGGGGGAGGGUCUAGAGGCCAGGGUCUCCCCCUUCCAGCAGCCAAAAAAAAACAGUAAAUGGAGGAGACAUUACUUAAAAUAAAUGGGCCUUUUGGGGACCCCUCCUGUUAAAAAUCCUGGCUACGCCCAGCUGCUUUUCACACGUGAUAUCUAUGACUGUCAAUGCCCCUCAUCACAUCCUGGCUUUGUGUACAUGGAUUGUGUACUAUGUGCCCAAGUCGCAGAACCUGAUGGACCUCUCAACAAGCUAGCCUGGUGCCUAGACACAAGUUCCUUGUGAACUCUCGCUAGCUUUGAUUAAGAGCUAAAUUCAAGGCUUUGAAAUCAAGGUUCAUUUUAAUUUGGGUGUGUUUAUGAGAUCAAGGAAUGGAUACAUGUAAACUCAAGAUCCAUGAAAAAAUAAACUACACCAUGAGUUUUUUUA